AUGAAUGAAGGCGAAGAUGAGAAUGUUGGAAAUGAUCUUGAAGGCUAUGAUGAUGUUCAAACCAAAAUGUUUCAUCAACUUGUGCAACAAAAGAAGGAGGAACAACUUGUGGAAAUAUCAAAUGAAGUGGAUAAAUACUUGACUGGCCCUUUUGAAAGCCCUUUUACCAAAGGCUUCAAACUCUUGAAUUGGUGGAAAGACAAUGAGGGUAGAUAUCCAAUCCUUUCAAAGAUUUCCAAGGAUAUCUUUGCAAUCCCAAGCUCAAUUGUUGCUAGUGAGAAUGCCUUUAGACUAGGCAAGAGGAUGUGGAUCCUUUUAGAAAUGCAUUGA